CGACUGAGACUUCACUCACUCACAAUGACCAACCUAAGCCUAAGCCUUGCGUUUGUUGUCCUCACCGCCUUGGUGGCCCAGUCAACAGCUGGUAAAGUGAUUAUCAAUGGCAAAUGCCAGAACUGCAGUCCUCCAGAUGCAGAGACUUUAGUUGUGGGUGACAAGGUGUACAAAGGAACUCCCGGACAUGGCACGGUCAUCAUAGGAGGUGGCUCCAGCGGUGGUGCCGCUGCGGGUGGUUCUGGAUCUCGAGCUCCCAUUCAGGAUCGCGUCAUAGAAGAUGGUUAUAGUGGCCGUUUGCCCGGAGGAACUUAUCUUCAUAACAAGGAUUGUGUCGGUUGCAGUAUUAGCGGUGGUGGUGACUGAUAAAUAAAGCACUUAAAGACAAAAA